AUAAGAGAGGAAGGAAGGUGGUGUGAGGGAACCUAGUUGAUCAGUUUCAGGUUCCAGCAGCACCUGAGCACAGCAGAGCACCUAACACACACUGUAGCAAAACCAGUGCCAACACUAGUGCCAACACCAGUACCCAUCAUGCCCCAAGAACUACGCCUCUAUCACGCUGGUGUCAGUGACAUCAGAGAGAAAUUCAACAAGAGGAUUGAGGCACAUCAAAAGGCUCAACUUGAAAACCCCUUCAGUGAGUGGCAUGGUUCUGGAACCCCACGAAGGUUCUCCAAGGACGACCUCGAGUAUGGCAGAUUUCAACUGCUGUACCUGACCAUCUCCGACAAGGUAGUUGGCACCUUGCUUAGAGCACGCAAGCACAACUUUGUUUACUUUGAAGGAGAGAUGCUCUACCAACGUCGUGACGACAACAAAGUCAUUGAACUGACUCGUUCAAUCAAUACGAUCAGAGCAAAGUUCGGAAAGAAACCUUUGAGGAAUGAGGGUGGGGAGGUUGAGGAAUGGGGUGAGACGGUGGAUGACGAGGAGGAUGAGCCGGAUAUACCCCCAGGUGACACCUCUAGGAGGCAUUCAACCCCUGAGGGUGCCAUGGGGGGCCCUUCAAUGGCCUCCCUGCGCUCCCGACGGCACUCCAUGCCUCAGGCCACAACUACAAGAAUACUUCCAGAGGCUCUCAGGGUCGAGAAGAGGGUAGACCAGGAUGGUACUGGUGCCGCUGCUGCUGGCACCAGCUGUGCUGACGUACUGCCAGCUGUUGACCAGCUGCGGGAAGACAUCGAGAAGAACUCGGCUCUACUAGAGCACGAAGACCAGCCUUCAAGAGCACGGAAGUCAAGAGCAACACCUGCAGAACUUGAAACCAUAGAAGAAAUCUCACCUCAGUCUGCUGACGACUGCCAGGCUGCUGGCGACUGCCAGGCUGCUGACGACUGCCACCCUGUUGACGACUGCCACCCUGCUGACGACUGCCACCCUGCUGACGACUGCCACCCUGCUGACGACUACCUUCCUGGUGACUACCACCCUUCAGACGACUACCACCAAGCUGACACUAGCACAAAGAACGACAACGACAUUCUGACAGCAGACAAAAGUUCUGACACAUUCUAGGUUCCAAGCACACCCUACUAACAGAGAUACUUGAUCAUCCAGGCU